GAAACACAUAUCCCUAGUGAUAAGUGUUGCCCUACACCGGAAACACAUAUCCCUGGUGACAUGUGUUCCCCUACCCUGGAAACACAUAUCCCUAGUGAUAAGUGUUCCCCUACACUGAAAACACAUAUCCCUAGUGAUAUGUGUUCCCCCACCUGGGAAACACAUAUCCUUAGUGAUAUGUGUUCCCCCAACUGGGAAACACAUAUCCCUAGUGAUAUGUGUUCCCCACCUGGGAAACACAUAUCCCUAGUGAUAUGUGCUCCCCCACCUGGGAAACACAUAUCCCUAGUGAUAUCUGUUCCCCCACCUGGGAAACACAUACCCCUAGCGAUAUGUGUUCCCCCAGCUGGGAAACACAUAUCCCUAGUGAUAUGUGAUCCCUAACCUCGGAAACACAUAUCCCUAGUGAUAUGUGCUCCCCCACCUGGGAAACACAUAUCCCUAGUGAUAUGGGUUCCCCCACCUGGGAAACACAUAUCCCUAGUGAUAUGUGUUCCCCCACCUGGGAAACACAUAUCCCUAGUGAUAUGUGCUCCCCCACCUGGGAAACACAUAUGCCUAGUGAUAUGUGUUCCCCCACCUGGGAAACACAUAUCCCUAAUGAUAUGUGUUCCCCACCUGGGAAACACAUAUCCCUAAUGAUAUGUGUUCCCCCCCCCACCUGGGAAACACAUAUCCCUAGUGAUAUGUGUUCCCCCCCCCUGGGAAACACAUAUCCCUGGUGAUAUGUGCUCCCCCACCUGAGAAACACAUAUCCCUAGUGAUAUGUGUUCCCCCACCUGGGAAACACAUAUCCCUAGUGAUAUGUGUUCCCCCACCUGGGAAACACAUAUCCCUAGUGAUAUGUGUUCCCCCACCUGGGAAACACAUAUCCCUAGUGAUAUGUGCUCCCCCACCUGGGAAACACAUAUCCCUAGUGAUAUGUGUUGCCCAACC